AUGGUUCAGCAGGAACUGGAGGUGAGCGACGAUGGCGGCCGCGUACUGAGCAUCCAGUCGCACGUGGUGCAGGGCUACGUGGGCAAUAAAAGCGCUGUAUUUCCGUUGCAGCUGCUAGGCAUGGACGUGGACCCCAUCAACAGCGUCCAGUUCUCCAACCACACAGGCUACGCGAAGUUCACAGGCCGCCGUCUUACAGGCGACGAGCUGCACGAACUUCUGGAUGGCAUUGAGACCAAUGACCUGCUGCAAGACGCGCAUACGCAUCUACUCACGGGAUAUAUUGGCUCCAUCUCGCUGCUAGACGCCAUCGUGCGCGUGUACGAGCGGAUCCGAGCCGCACAGACCCAUCCGGAACGCCUCGUGUACGUGUGUGACCCUGUAAUGGGAGAUCUGGGAAAGCUCUACGUGCCUCUGGAGCUAGUGGACUUGUACCGCUCCAAGGUGCUGCCAAUUUGCGACGUCUUGACUCCGAACCAGUAUGAAUGUGAGCUACUGGCGGAGAUGGAGUUGCGUACGGUAAAGGACGCUAUGCAUGCGUGCAAGAAGCUCCACACUCUCGGCCCCAAGGUUGUGGUGAUCAGUAGUUUCCAAGAGGCCUCCGAGGGCGAGACACCGAAGGAGCUGGUGGUGAUUGGCAGCAAGGUCGUCGCUGGAGACCUGCGUCGUUGCGAGCAAUACGAGGUGCGUUUCCCGUGGAUCGACAGCUACUACACCGGCACAGGCGACUUGUUCGCAGCGCUCCUACUAGCGUGGCUCUAUCGCUUCCCAAACGACUUCAAACGUGCCCUUGAGAACGUCAUUUCAACCAUCCAAGAUGUGCUUCGUAUCACGUUGAAACUGGGCGGAAAGGACUGUGACUUGAAGCUCAUUCAGAGUCGUCACGUGAUCGCCAACCCCACUGUGCGCUUCUUUGCCACACCGCUCUCAGUGCCUGUCCUGUUCGUGCUCGUGGACUUGGACAUCCUCCUCGGAACGACCAGCACUGAUGAGGUUGUCGAUGUCCCAGUUGACGCAUCGAUUCAACGUCGUGACCUGCUCAAUGCGUUGAUAUCUCUCCUGGGCGCCGAGAAUGUCAGCGUCGUCAGCAACUACAGCGUACACUCAACACAGACGCUACUCCACCAGAUCGAUACGAUAUUCAAGGUCAUCUCGUCGACGGACGUUGGCCUUCCUGUUGAUACACGAGUUGAAACCCGCAACUGCGAGACGCUGGUCGUGUCCAGCUCUGCAUCUCUCACUGCUGUGGCGUCUAGUGCGCUGUACCAGAUCGCUCCCGCUUCUGCUUCUGAUGAGGCUGUGCUGACGUAUAUCAAGGAACACAACGCCCAAUGUCUUCUCGCUUGA